GAUCAUUGAGAUGAACAACAACAGUCCUCCUCUUACCUUCAAGCGGUUUCAGACCAUUGUGAGUCGACUGGAGUUGCCCAGGAGACCUCUGCCUCCCGUCACCCAGCAGCAGAUGGACAAAUGUCGCACCAAGAUAACCAACAACCACGACCAGCUGUACAGCAUACCCUCUCUGGAAGAGUUGGGCUUCAGGACGGUGGGUUUACCCUCAGCUGUGUGGACAGGAGGAGAAUCUGAGGCUUUGGACCGGCUCAACAAACAUCUUGACAAGAAGGUGUGGGUGGCUAACCUGGAGCACCCUCGGGUCAACACGUGCUCUCUGUACGCCAGUCCCACCGGCCUCAGCCCCUACCUGCGCUUCGGCUGUCUGUCCUGCAGGGUUUUGUACUACAACCUGCGAGAGCUCUACAUGAAGCUCCGUAAGCGCUGCAGUCCUCCUCUGUCCCUGUUUGGUCAGUUGCUAUGGAGAGAGUUCUUCUACACCGCUGCCACCAACAACCCCAACUUUGACCGCAUGGAUGCAAACCCCAUCUGUGUCCAGAUCCCGUGGGACCAGAAUCCAGAGGCACUGGCGAAGUGGGCCGAGGGCCGGACUGGUUAUCCCUGGAUCGACGCCAUCAUGACCCAGCUGAGACAGGAGGGCUGGAUCCACCACCUGGCCCGACACGCCGUGGCCUGUUUCCUGACCAGAGGAGACCUGUGGAUCAGCUGGGAGAGCGGCAUGAAGGUGUUUGAGGAGCUGCUCCUGGACGCAGACUGGAGUGUGAAUGCUGGCAGCUGGAUGUGGUUGUCCUGCAGUGCCUUCUUCCAGCAGUUCUUCCACUGCUACUGUCCCGUCGGCUUCGGAAGAAGAACUGACCCAUCAGGAGAUUAUAUCAGGCGUUACAUCCCCAUCUUAAAGGACUAUCCCAACCGUUACAUCUACGAGCCGUGGAACGCACCGGAGUCCGUCCAGAAGGCGGCAAACUGCGUGGUGGGAGUGGAUUAUCCCAAACCCAUGAUCAACCACGCAGAGGGCAGCAGGCUCAACAUCGAGAGGAUGAAACAAGUCUACCAGCAGCUGUCCCACUACAGAGGACUCAGUCUACUAGCAUCAGUACCGACGAUCCAGGAGGAGGCAGAACCACCGAUGACCGAUGAGUCUCAGAACAGCAGCGGACCCGACUCUCCUCCCAGAGAUCCCGCCCACAGCGAAGCCGCUGGCUGCUCUACGGCUCCUGACUCGUCCACAGUCUACGUGUCCUGCGCUCCACAUCCAGAGCUGGAUGACGCACAGAACCCUCGCCCCUCUCAGACGCCCUGCACCUCCUCAGGCUCGCACCCUCCAACCCCUGCAGCCGUGUCAUGGACAUUUGUCGGCCACCCCCCGUCCACGGCGGCUCCUCCCUGCCCAGCAUCAGCUCACAGUCCUCUGUCAAGGUCGAGACCCCCCUCCCCUUCCUCGUCAUGUCUCACCUCGUCCCCGGCUCCGAGUCCGGCCGUGACCCCGGUUCAGACUUUUCCCAAGAGGAAAGGCCUCGCCCGCAAGGUGCGCCGCAGCCAGAGGCAGCGAGGGCGACCGAGCUGCGCUACGUCAGGCAGGGAGGGAGAGAGGACGGAGGAGGAGGAGGAGGAGGAGGAGGACACGGGAGAGGAUGAGAGGAUGGAGGAGGAUGUUGAUCAGGAGGAGGGGGAGAGAAUGGAGGAGGAGACUUCAGAGGCAGUGAGACAAGGUGGAGUUUGAAGAGAAUCGUCUUCAACACGUACAAGGAACAGCGUCACGCUAACAUCACACACACACACACACACACACACACUCACACACACACACACACACACACAUUCAACACACACACACAUUCAACACACACACACAUUCAACACAAGUGGAAUCAGUACAAAAGCAUCUUACUCACAUUUUCUCCCGUUAAUUAUCGACGACCUUCUUAAAUAAAUCAUUCUUUUUAGAACUGAUCCAGUCCAGAAUGACUGAACUCAGAAAACAAUCGUUCUUAUUCGAGACUCAAAAGAAUGAGAGUGAAGAGUAACCUUCUCUUGUACGUUUCCAUCUGUGACGGCUAACGAUGGGCUAACGAUGGGCUAACGAUGGGCUAACGAUGGGCUAACGAUGGGCUAACGAUGAGCAUCCUGAUGUCCUGAUUUCAUCUUCACAUCCGAGUUGAACCUGAGCUGUCGUACGCCUGCGCCGCUUCUUAACUUCAGGCUCUCUGCUCGGAGAAUGAGAAACUCAGUGGUUUGAUAAAGCUGCAUGUUUUGACAUUUUG